ACAAUCUUUCUCAACACAGGACUAAAGGGAAUAUCAUGCAAGUAGAGCGUUCUCAUCUUGAGUUCAUCAUCGUUUUAGUUGUUUGUUUGCUUAGCUUGUUAGUUUUAAACAAUAUUUCGAUCUCCAGAUGACGUGUGGUUUACUGAAGUAAGGUACGAACCGCCUAGAUUGAUAAUUAAAAAUAUACUUACCCUAUACUACACUCGUCGUAGGAUUAUACUUGGCCUACGGUGGGAGUGUGUAAUAGGUCACGAGUCAAGUUUUCUUGGCGCCGUUGCAUGGAGCAUGUUUUAUUUAUUCAGAAAAAGUAAACUACUGUUAACCUAGCAUUUAUUUUCUUGCACUGUGUGAGUUUGGGCGUUGCUUGUUUGACUUGUACUUGUAUUGUUUGGAGUGUGUUCAGGUGGGGUAUGACCUUGAGUAAUCCGGCACCUUUGGCACAGCUAGACGACAACAUCAACUGCACUCUCCGGCUCUGUGAGAGGGAGCUAAGGGAAGCAAAGGAAAGGCUUGUAGUUCGGGCUCAGCCUGAAGUUGACAGAUGGCUUCAGAUGAAUGGAGUGCCACAAGAAGCUCUUAGGUUGAGGCUCUUCCCAUACUCCCUAAGUGGCAAGGCACGAAGUUGGUUGAACAAUAGACCUCCGUUCUCAAAUACAUCUUGAAAUAUAUGGUGGCAUCGCCGAGGCAUCCGACAACAACAAUGACAAAGAGUGAGCCUUCUAUGGCAUGGAUGGCACCGAGGGCCAUUUCUCUACGGGGUCGUUUGGAUGGAUCAAUUUAGAAAUGAGUCAAUUUGAUCAAUUGUCUCGUUUUAUAAACGAGACAAUUAAAACGAGUCAAUUCGAAUUAUCUGCCCCCACCCCAGGUAAUUGAAAUUGACUCAAAACGGAUCAUUCAAAAUACCUCAGGCAGAUUGAUCUAUCCAAAUUUUUUGCUGGCAAACGAGGCAAUUUGGUACAUUUGUCUCAAAACGAGACAAUUGUGUCAAAUUGAUCCGUUACAAUUCCUCAUCCAAACAACUCCUACCUUUUUCUAGUCUUUCUUUUCAUUUGAAUAAUUAUCUAUAUAGGAUGCUAGUAUUAUGUGUGUUUUUCUAUUUAAGUACUUAGUAGGAUUUCUUAUUAAAUUAAUGAGUACUUGUCUUGUUGAAUUUUUCUUUUUGUAGAUAUGAUUGAUCUUUCUCUUGUGGAUGUUUCUGAACAAUCAAUCCCAUCCACCCUACCCUUCGAUCCUACAAUCAACUCGGCAUCAACAAUUCGGUAACCUCGUUCCCCUAUCCUUCACUUGUGCUCACAUUGGGGACAAUAUGUUCCUUAAGUGUGUGUGUGUGUGAGAGGGGGGGGGGGGGGCAAUCAUGUUUGUGGAAUGUUUGUUAUCAAUUGAUCUUUUUAUGCUAUGAAUGUAUGAAUGAGAGAGAGUGUACUUUUUAAUAGUUCGGAGGGAAGUAAUAGUAAAUCUAAGGUUCCCUUGAAUACGAUCGAGCCACUUACUACAUCCCUAGUAUAGUUAUACUUGGCUUUGUUAGGAGUGACGUGAGGUAGCCUCAAUUUACAAAUUUGAAACAUAUCAGCCCACAUUCCUGUUUCUCACUCCUACUCUCAGUUAGACACAAACAAUUGGUGCUCACCGUGGGGCCGCGAGAGAGGCAAGGGACAUGCAAUGAUGAUAGGGCACGCUCAAAGCAAUGACGAGCCAAAGACUGUUCUAUGAAACCAACAACCCAAAAGCGAAAUUGAUCGAAGACGAAGAACCCGAGCUCAUGGCCAAAGUGGUUCGUGCGCAAAUGGCUCAACAGAACAGAGUGAUCGCAUAUUUGUAAGAGAAGAUGAACCGGUCUUAGCGCUCAUGAUAAACAAGGAAGCGCCCACGAUGGCGCAACCUGUGCCAAACACUGUUCUAGCCACAACAGGAACAUCAGAGCCACGAAAUGCAUAAUCGGCAAGAGUGGAUCUGGAAUUUCCUGGAACAACAUCUCACGCUGCAUUACAAAGCACCGCCUAAGAGGGUCUUCCACCAACCCCUUUGCGUAGACAUCAUGGCAGAACACCCCAAUUUAUAAAGUACAACUAAUUUGGCUCAUGUAAGAUUUUUUUUUUAAAUUCAAAUUAAAAUGACUAAAGUAUAGUUAAUGAC